GAUGUGAGAGGAUUUAGUGAUAUCUCAGCUAAUUGUACGUUCAUCUGCCUUCCCCCAACACAAGCUUCAAUGGCUUGUCUACAUGAUACACGCACACCUUCCCCAUCUUUUGCCAGCCUACUGUCUGAUGGACCAAUCCACCGUUUGGACCCAGAUACCCCUCCUGGCUGCACUCCAGAGCAAGAGCUAACACCUACACAAUGUGUGCUGCGCGACAUGGUGCAAGAUGAGGGAAUGGCAUCUCCCAAUGAUGACCCCUCUAGCCCUCUCAAUCAUAGUGUGCCUCAAGACCCCCAAGAGCCUGAGGACAGAGGCGGUGGUGGUGCAGCAGGGGGUCCUGGAGAUGAAAGGCCCUGCCGAGCAUUAGGUGAUGGGCGUAUGCAAUGCCAAGCAGGAGUUGGCUUCCUGGGGGGGCUCUUUGGGUGCUUGAAACCAGUGUGGGCAAUGAUUGGUAAAACCUAUUCUACAGAACACAAGCAGCAUGAAGACUCCUGGGAGGUUCCAUUUGAGGAGAUCCAGGACCUGCAGUGGGUGGGCAGUGGAGCGCAGGGUGCUGUCUUCCUGGGGAAGUUUCAUGGGGAAGAAGUGGCAGUGAAGAAAGUGAGAGAUAUUAAAGAGACAGACAUCAAACAUCUCCGGAAACUGAAACACCCCAACAUCAUCACCUUCAAGGGUGUGUGCACACAAGCACCAUGCUACUGCAUCCUGAUGGAGUUCUGUGCCCAGGGGCAGCUGUAUGAAGUAUUGCGUGCUGGGAGGAAGGUCACUCCCUCCUUGCUUGUGGACUGGUCAAUGGGCAUUGCAGGGGGAAUGAAUUAUCUACACCUCCAUAAAAUUAUCCACCGUGACCUCAAGUCACCAAACAUGCUUAUCACAUACGACGACCUAGUAAAAAUAUCAGACUUUGGUACCUCCAAAGAGUUAAGUGACAAAAGCACUAAAAUGUCUUUUGCGGGUACAGUAGCAUGGAUGGCCCCAGAGGUGAUACGCAAUGAGCCUGUGUCUGAGAAGGUGGACAUUUGGUCCUUCGGAGUGGUUCUGUGGGAGCUGUUGACAGGGGAGAUCCCAUAUAAAGAUGUAGACUCAUCAGCAAUAAUAUGGGGAGUGGGCAGCAACAGUCUACACCUACCUGUACCUUCUAGUUGUCCUGAUGGAUUCAAGCUCCUAUUAAGGCAGUGUUGGAACAGCAAACCAAGAAAUAGACCUUCUUUCCGGCAAAUCCUUCUUCACUUGGAUAUCGCUUCAGCUGACGUGCUGUCUACCCCACAAGAAACCUAUUUCCAAUCACAGGUGGAGUGGCGUGAUGAGGUACGGUUACAUUUUGAGAAAAUUAAGUCAGAGGGGACAUGUCUGCAGCGCCUAGAGGAGGAGCUUAUAUCCCGGCGCCGCGAGGAACUAAGACAUGCUCUGGAUAUCCGAGAACACUAUGAACGCAAACUACAGAGGGCAAACACACUUUAUGUAGAACUGAACUCUCUAAUGUUACAGCUGGAACUGAAGGAAAGGGAACUGCUCAAGAGGGAACAAAAUAUAGAAAAGAAAUAUCCAGCACCACUCAGACAGCAGCCUCGCCCAUCUAGCACUAUGGAAAAACUCAUCAAGAAGAGAAAUGUUCCACAGAAACUGUCCCCACAUGGGAAGAGGCCAGAUAUCCUUAAAUCUGAAGUUCUCCUUCCUAAAGUGGACUCUGUUUUGUCCCCAUCAACACCAUCUGGCUGUCAGAAACUUCCUCCAUCUCCAGGACGCGGCCGUCGGGGAAAGCCACGUUACCGUAAAGCUAAGGACAUGGUGAAUUUGAGGGCAGCAGUGACACCAGAGCCCACACCCCCGAGCCAACCACCACCAAGGGAUCCACACCCCCUUUCUUCUUCCAGUCCUGACCUACUUUGUACUCCUCUGGAGGCUGAGGCCCGGAGAGGCAGUCAAAGUGCUGAGUGCUCGCCUGUACGAUCUCUUCCUGGACCUCCAAGCCCAGACUCCCCCUCAGGACGAGCUGCAGGUAGCCGAACAACCAGAGGAGGACAACAUCUGACACCAGCAGCCAUGCUGUAUAGAGCAGCUGUCACACGGAAUCAGAAGCGUGGUGUCUCCUCAGAAGAGGAAGAGGGGGAAGUGGACAGUGAGUUAGAAGUGGAGAGAAGGCAAAGGUGGCAGGCAGAAAUGUCCCAACAUCAGUCUCCCAGUUCAGAGAAUCUAUCUGAUGGAGAAGAGGGAAACACUACUGACCCCUCUCAUAGUGUCACCCCCGAUGUGCUGAGCACUAACACAGAUGAACGUCCUGAUGAACGAUCUGAGGAUCUUGUUUCCCAGAGCUCAGAGCCUCCACUGGACCUCCUUACUCAGUCUGAUGGACUAUCGGAAAAGGAAGCUGUUGUUCAGAAAGUGAAAUCUCAGUUGAGCAACGAGCAAACUGCUGGAGAGAAUGUCAAUUUGUACGAUGACUCUGACUGUGACAGCACGGAGCUUGACCACUCGUUAGUGGCAACAACUUCAUGA